AUGGCUAUCACAAGAAAUGCGAUCGGUAUUGUUAUUAUAUCAGUACUCAUCUAUUUAAUACAACAAAACCUUUACACACGUCUUCCGUUACACACCGAUGGUGAGGUCAUCGAUAACCGAUACAAACGCGUAUUUGAUGCAUUCAAGUACUAUCUCACUAUUACUGUUGCAUUAUCAUUAUUAUCAAAAAAUUUUGAGGAUGGCUGGGAGCACGACGGCGCUGCAUUAGCGGUAUAUCAACAUGGUAAGAUAUUGGUCGAUAUUUGGGGUGGAUACGCUGAUAAAGAGGCUGCAAGGAAAUGGAACAAGGACACAAUAACGGUGACAUUUUCGACAGCAAAAUCGAUUGCUGCCUUAUGCAUUGCCAUGCUAGUCGACAAGAAACGAUUGAGUUAUGACGAUUUAGUAACGAAGUAUUGGCCUGCUUUUGGAAAGCAUUCAAAGGGAAAUAUUACCAUACAAAUGAUACUUUCACACACGGCGGGUUUAGCCUACACAGAUGAAACGAUAACACCGGAAAUGGCUGCGGAUCAUAAUGCUAUGAGGAUUCUUUUCGAGAAUGAACACCCAAAGUGGCCGCCAGGUACGAAGACUGGCUAUCACGUAUACAAUUACGGAUGGCUUGUUGAUCAAUUGAUACGUGCUAGUGACGAGCGAAAACGUGGCAUUGGACAGUUCUUUCGUGAGGAAAUUGCACAAAAAUUUGAUGUCGAUUAUUUCAUUGGAUUGCCCUCGAAAGAGCAACAUCGCGUUGCACGUAUCAGUCGCGCAACUCCAUGGAAUUGCAUCGAAGAAGCGUUCACCGAUUUGCACGUGCUGAAAUCGUUACGAAUGUACUUGUGGCUUUUCACGGAUACGAUGUUAAGAAGAGCGGUUUCGAAUCCAGACUGGUUACAAGCGAUCUUUCAUAUAACCCUGAACAACCCGGACUAUCAGCGUUUGGAACAAGCCGCCGCUCUUGGCAUUGGGAAUGCGCGAAGUCUUGGCAAAGUCUUCAGUUUGAUUUCAUCGAAUCAAUUGUUCAGCAAGACAACUUUAAAACGCAUCAAUCGAGUCAUUGUGAAUGAAACUGACAUAUUGCUCAACGAGCGAAUCGCCAAAGGGAACGGCAUGUUUUUCUUCGAUGUGCAUCGUGCUGGGACAAAAUACGCGUUCGGUCAUACCGGUCACGGAUGUCAGCAGAUCACGUACGAUCCCGUUAAUGAUCUCACUAUUGCGUACGUUACAAAUGGUCUCAAAAUUGGUCUCUACAAGCACUGUCGUACCUACGCUCGACUCCAUCAAGCCGUCUACGAUGUCCUCGAAAAUGUACCACUUUCAGCCAGUUAG